GACGUCACGCCACGGUCAUGUGACUCUCUGGUUAAAGAUGUGAGUCGUGUGUUGUUGCCAUGUAGAUCCUUCAGGAUUCACGAGUCUUAUUAAAGGAAAUACCAUAAUCAAGACAUUCUUCAUAUCUGCACUGUCGUCGCUGUCUUUAUUGUUUCGAUGGAUUUUGUUCAACAGUUCGGAAUUGUGCUUAUAAUCGCGGUAUUUUCGCGUGGAAACGAGCUUCAGAUCGAACCGCUGAUAUACGAGGAGCAGCUGCUGUGGGUCGGCGGUGGAGCCGGUCAGGUCAACACUUACAGGAUCCCUCUGCUGACCUUCACGACGCGUGGAAGUCUGCUGGCCUUCUCUGAGGCCAGGAAAUUCUCCUACGAUGACAUCGGUGCCAAGUUCAUCGCACUGAGACGCUCCACAGACAAAGGAGUCACCUGGUCUCCCACCUCCUUCAUAGUGGACGAUGGAUCUCUAGCAGAUGGGUUGACUCUAGGUUCGGUGGUUGUGGAUGAAGAGACUGGUGCUGUGAUACUCAUCUAUUCUCUGUGUUUCCACCGUUAUCACUGCGACCCCUCCAGCACCAUGAUGGUGCAGAGUCUGGAUGAUGGGUUCACCUGGAGCGCCCCACGAAACCUCUCCGUUGAGCUGGGGGUGAAGAGCUUUGCUCCAGGGCCUGGCUUCGGCAUACAGAAACGGUAUGCUCCCAAUGUGGGUCGUCUGGUGGUGUGUGGUCACGGAUCCAUUGCUGGCGAUGGGGUCUUCUGCAUACUCAGUGAUGAUCAUGGUGCAUCCUGGAGAUAUGGAGCUGCUCUGAAGAGCAUCCCUUACAACCAGCCUAAACAAGACCUGGACUUCAACCCAGAUGAGUGUCAGCCAGUGGAACUGGAGGACGGAAGUAUAGUCAUCCAUGUGCGCAACCAGAACAAGUACCACUGCCGCUGUCGAAUAAUAGUGCGGAGUCUGGACGGAGGCGAGACUCUUCCUGUGGAGGAGCUGGUGUUUGACAAAAGCCUGAUCGACCCGGCCGUCGCAGCCGGAGCCCUGCAGAAACAAGGAGUGAUGUACUUCACCAACCCCUCCAGCACUCAGCACAGGGUCAAUCUAACUCUUCGCUGGUCCUUCUCUGAUGGGAAGUCAUGGGAAAAGGAGGCCAUCCAGAUCUGGGCGGGGCCAAGCGGUUAUUCAUGUAUAACAUCACUCAAGGGAGAUUCUCCUGAGGACAGCAAAUUCAUAUUCGUCAUUUACGAGAAGGGCCAUAAAGAUUACUGUGAGACCAUCUCUUUUGCCAAAAUCCAUUUAUAUGGAGGGAAAUAACCUACAGGUGGAGGAGCCAAGAAAAGGGAUUUUUAGGACUUUUAAAUUAAAUGGUUUUUUUUGUUUUUUUUUGAGAAAUCCAAGGUAGCGGCCUGUGAAAAAUAAUUUUUAUCAUUUUUCUUUACAUUAUAUCUGGUCUAUACUAUGAACUGCUUUUAUAUGAAUUUCACUCCGGAAAAAUAUUGAGGCUUCAGUGUGAGAUUGAUUUAUACAGCAAUAUAAUAUAAAACAGCUAUGAUUUUACCCACAGUUUUUUUUUACCUGUCAGUGCACAAAACAUUCUAUAAUAUGCGUCUUGAAGUUCUCAUAACUUCUUUGUGCAGAUGGUGAGCUGCACAUGGGUUCCACAUGUGUUUUUUUGGGACCAUUUGAUGGUUUUUAAACUGCUCUGGCACCUUUUGUCUUGUUUUUUUUUUAUCUGUUUAUUUCUUCUUACACAUUUUUGGUUUUUGUUUACAAUAAUGUAAUUGAGGUGAAUAUUUAUGAAUCUACAAGAUUAUUAAGAUGGUUGUUUUCUACUGUAUAACAGUUGAUUGAAAUGAGUUUUGAAUUAAUGUUUUGAAUACAGAAAUGUCAUUUCAUUUUAAUGACCUUGAGGUGUUUCUCCCAUCCCCGGUGUUGCUUAAAGGGGCUGUAUGUAAAAUGUAAAAUAUAUUUGACUCUACCAAAGCGUUACAAUACAAUAUUUAAGAAACAUGCUAAGUUAACAUUAUUAGUUUAUCUGAACAGCAAUGCUACAGUCAUUCUCCUUUGAAAAUGUGUGUUCAGGGCCGGAAUGUCUGUCUCUGUUUUGGAUUGUGAACCCUCUCCAAUAUUUUGAAUUUGGCCUGUAAUACCUAGUUCAACCACUCAGUGUCAAUCCUACAUGCAGCACCUUUAAAUUAAUGAAGGCGUUUAAAAUGACUUACAUGAACUGGAAGACGCAAGGGUUUGAGACACUCUAAGCAAGCAGUGUUCAUGUUCUCCAUAUUAUACUACUUGGAUAUCAGAAAACCACAUUUUAUAUUCUAAUCAACUGUCAUUCAUGUGCUUCAAGUUAUAUGGGUUUGUUUACUCAGUCUUGUAAACAAAGUAAACAAGUAAACAAAUUUGGCUGUUGUAAAUUUAGAUACCAGAUAAAAAUUUUGUUGUUCAAUAAAUUUUUAUAUUUUGAUACAGCAA